AUGCAAAGGAGGGGUCAGAAUUUCUUAGAGCUGCUGGAUGAUGUUGAAAGAUUUAUCUUCCGCCCUUACUGUGUUCUACCGGAGGGAUUUAAAUGUAUGCCCUUCUAUGCUGACUCUUAUGAUCUAGUUGGGGCCCCAGUAAUGACAGUACAAGGACGUCAAUUACGAAGGGAAGCGUUGCUAAGCGCUGCGUGCCCUCCUUUGCCUACACUAAGCGACAACCACCUUGAAAUUUCCGUGCAUUAUUCACCUUACCAAGUCAUACGGCAGUUUGUAUUUAAUCAAGGUGUGCCUCUCAGUCCUAUCCACGGAGAGCCCUCUUCACUGCACAGAAUCUUUUGGACUGAGGACCAUGUACCGGGAGAUGGCAGACCUUUUGCCCUUGCUUUGGCCAAUAGAGAAUGUGCUGGCGGUCUCUCAAAAGCCUACCAAAGCUACUGGAAUCGUUGCUUUGCUGCAUUUAGCCGAUUCCACGCUGCCCAUUGCGAUCGAUUACUUCCCACCAUAGUCCAUCAUGCCCGCUUAGUGUCGGAAGAGAAAGCAAUUUCCUUGAGUGAGAAAUGGAAUCUGCCUUUUACUUCCAAAAGCGGAGAGAUUGUUGGUGAUUUUUCGAAGCUAAAGCGGAAGUUAGAGAAAUCGGGUUCUCAUAGCACUGGGAAAAGUGCUGCACAUGGGAAACGGAAGCAAGAGGAAAGCUGCAGCGUCGAGAAAAGCCAAGCUAGCCUUUACCGCAGCAACAGGCAAGCAGCACCAAGGGCUUUGUCUCAUCACAGUACUCCCCAAAAUAAAGGCAAGGGUCGAAGCAUGCGCAUUCUCGAAACACGGUUUGCCAAUACCCGCAAGAACAAAGGCGAAGAUGCGGGACCCAAAGUAGUGGUAACGGUUGAUGAUAAUAGUGAUGAUGGUAGCGAUGAAAGUGGUGCUGCGGAGACUGAGAUUAGCACCCACAAGCAAGAGAGCACUCACAAUACAAGUGGCAUGGAUGAGGACCUUGAUGAAGACCAAUACUAUAGUCAUGAUGAAGACACAUAUCCGGACUUUGGCACUAACUUGGAGGAGCCCGACGCCUCAGAUACACCUCCUGCUUUGGCUAGUGACCAUGGGCAGCGUGUUGACAUUGAAUUGGUCGUGCCCACCAUUGAGGACACGACAGGUGCCUCAUCGGAGGCUGGUUUUGCCUCUCCCGCUACUGUUGCUGAUGUUGUCCUAAGCCUUCUGGCAGUGCAGCCUCCUUCUUCUCCUCACCUGGGCACUCCUGACAUGGCUGCCGACGCCUCUCCGCCACUUCCAACAGUUCCUCCUCCUAUUUCUCCAAUCCUGAGCACACCUGACAUAGCUGCCAGCACCUCUCCACCACUUCCAGUGGUUCUUCCCCCUACUUCUCCAAUCCUGAGCACACUUGACAUAGCUUCCAGCAACUCUCUGCCACUUCCAGCAGUUCUUCCCCCUACUCCUCCAAUCCCGAGCACACCUGACAUGGCUGCUGGCACCGUUCCACUUCUUCCAACAGUACUACCUUAUACUCCUCUUAUCCUGGGUACACUUGACAUGGCUGCCGGCGCCUCUCCGCCACUUCCAGCAGCACAACCCUUUGCUGAGAUUAUUGACAACAGUCAUAGGAAUGGUGAUGCUUUUAUCGCAGGUGCCCUUGUGUAUCGAGAGACGGUUGAGGCCUUGAAAAGGUUUAUAAACAAAUACGAAGAUUUGAUGGAAGCUACAGAUGUCACCUCCUCUUUCUCAAGGUGCACUGCCCUCCGAGCCCUUGGCCUAGUACUUCACGGGAUGGACACCAUGCAACUCCUUGAUAUUACGGACCACAAACUACUCUGUUGGCGAGAUGUAAUAUGUGAGGCCAUGAUUCUGGGCUUUCGCGUGGAAUUUCUUCUCAAACUUGUGAAGAACUUAGCACGUGCUGUCUUUGGAGCACGGGCCAUUCAUAAAGGAAAAUAUAAAAGUACGGGGCAUAAAGUUAUCUUAGCAGUAGUAGAGCUUGAGCCACUUCCUGUUGAUGGGGUCCGUCAGCGUGCCUUCUUUGACAGAGACCAAGCGAUAAUAGCCGCUGCUGUAAACUUCUUUGACUGCAAACGGGCCUUCCUAUUGCGGCGCAAACUUGGAAGGUCCCGACACUUGUCUUCUCACAUGCUCCACGACUUUUAG